UUAUUUCUAAAUUAGUUCGUGUAUCAGUGUAUUUAUGUAGACGAGGAUUAAGCUCUGUACAAGGUGCGCAAGCCGCACGUCUUUGUGACGUGGCAGUGGGGAGGUGAGGUGAGGUGGCAGCAGGGUGAUGAGGUGGCGACGAACGGUCAGCCAGGGUUAGUUGCUGUCCGCCCCUACCUGAAGUGUGUUGUGAUGGAUCACUGGAUGUAACAUAUAUUCAAGACUUGGGAUUAUUCUAUUAUGCUGUUUAUGAAUCCAACUACUCGUUCGGAAAGUUCAUGGAGGCAAUCCAUAUGCGGCUGGAGCUACCGUUGUCCAAACGCUUGUAAUAAAGAAGUUAUGGGAGUGUUCAAGCUGUGUUAAUGGAUGCCUCUACAUUUGGACAACGCUCUAGGAUGGCAGAAGUGGAUUCAGGGAAGAUGGAGGAACUCAAUAUACAACGAAGCACCACCAAGAGAAAGUUUACCAGGAAGAUCAACAUUUUCAAGGAAAGUGUACUGCAAGAGGAUCCUAUACCAGUGCUACAACACAGUUAUGAUGAGGUUAGUCGUGUCUAUAAGGAAGUCGAAAGUGCCCAUGAAGCGUGUACAGACUUUUUGAGUGUAACUGGUGCUGAGGACAAGGUUUUAGAUGAAGAGGAUCAAUAUAUCAUUGAGUUAGAGAGGAAAAGGAAGGAAUGCCACAUAUCAUUGGUUAAAAAUCUGUAUCAGUUAUCAAAGGUAAAUAAUGCGGGUGAAAAAAAGGUGAAAGUUAAGGCAUUGGAACCUCCUAUGUUUGAUGGUGACGUACGCGAAUACCCAACAUUCAAGGCAGAUUUUGAAAGGUUAAUGAAAGAUUCGUUCGGGAAAGAUCCAUUCGCUUUGAAACAAUGCUUGACAGGUGAAGCACUUAAAACUGUCAAAGGUAGAAACUGACUAUGAUGAAAUGUUUGAGAGACUUAAUGAAAGGUAUAGUAACAGUAGGAAAAUUGUUGAUGUAGUGCUCUGUGAUCUUAAGACAUUAAGAAAACUUGCUGAUGGAGAUACCAAAGGAUUUGUGAAAAUGGUCGAAAAAGUGGAAAGAUGUUGGCUAGAUCUGAAAAAAGAUGAACCUAACAGCUGAAAUGAAAUGAAGACAAGUAACACAGUGAAUCAUAUCGAAAAAAUUUUGCCUAUGACACAAAAACGGGAAUGGGUCAUACUAGCUGAAAGCAUCACUGACUCUGAUCAGAUUUUUGAUGAGCUGCUUAAAUUUUUACUAAGAGAGAAGAGAGUACUUGAGUAUAUGGAUUCCAGUAUACGAGUGACAGGAAAUGUAGACAAAUCUAAUGUGCUUAAUGUUGCAGGAUCGCUUACUCCAGAUUUUGGAAUGCGGGAUGAUUCAGGUGACAUAAUGGAAGCUAUAAAAAGGCUUCAGGAAAACCAAGAAUAUCAGAGAGAUUUUGGAGUGCGGGAUGAUUCAGGUGACAUAAUGGAAGCUAUAAAAAGGCUUCAGGAAAACCAAGAAUAUCAGAGUAAGAAAUUAGAGCAAUGUAUGACCAACUUAGCCAACAUUGUGACGAGUAUGACGAAUAGUGGUAGUCAAAAUCCGCAUGCAGGAGAUAAAAUUAGGUAUAACUGCUGGUUUCAUGGUACUGAUAAUCAUGAUAUCCUGGAGUGCACGACAUUUCAAAGAAUGGAUAAUUAUGGGAAGAUUGAUGCUCUGCGGAAGAAUGGUAUCUGUUUCAACUGCCUCAGAGGAGUUCAUGUAGCAAGUCAAUGUAACUUGAAAAGAACAUGUGAUGUUAAAGGAAACAAUAACAUCCGCUGUAGCAGACCUCAUCACAACAUGUUGCAUCGAGCUCACGUAGAGGGAAUUAUGUUUCACACCACAAGUCAAAGGCAAAAUAUACCAUUGAUAAGAAAGACACUGUUAAUGAUCAGUAAAAUAUUCAGUCAGGGACGACCUGUAACGACACUCUGGGAUUCAGGGUCCGAUAUAACUAUCAUAACGCAUGCGCUUGCUUCAAAAUUUGGAUUAGAGAGCAGAGACAUAGAUCUAUCAAUGACAAAAGUGGGCAAUAUAACUGAAAAAUUCCCUAGCAAAGAAUACAUGCUCUUUCUUACAGAUAAGGAUGGAAACGAAUUGUUCAUAAGAGCAGUAGGAAUGAAGGAAAUAUCUUCUAACCUAGUGGAAGUGGACGUCUCUGAUGUCAGUCUGUUUGAAGAGCACAAGAUAUCACAUUGUGACAUUGAAAGACCCAGUGGAAGUAUUGAUCUACUUGCAGGUGCUGACAAUUGCGAACUAUUGCCCACUGUUGUAGGAGUAAAUGGCAAAUUGCAGUUAAUGCAGAAUCGGUUCGGAUUUUGUAUCAGAGGAUCUCACCCUCGUAUUAAAUCCCGUGGUAACAGUAAUAGCCACGUUAGUGUCAGAGUGAAUCAUUUGGCUAACUUUUCUCAUAUCAAUGAUAUAUUGGUGGAAUCUAAAUCCAGCAUUAAGGCGAGUCUUGACAAUUUCUUUGAUGUAGACAAUCUAGGAACUCACUGUAUUCCCAAAUGUGGUAAUUAUAAGUGUGGUAAAUGUGUUAUUGGAAAUAAUGAUUACACUAUAAAGGAAGAAAAGGAAUUAGCCAUCAUAGAAAAGGGAUUACAUUAUGAUGAAGUAAACUGCCAGUGGACGGUGGAGUAUCCCUGGAUAAAAGACCCAAGACUUUUGCCUAAUAAUAUUUCAGUAGCUAUUGCUAGGAUGAAAUCCACAGAGAAAAGACUUGCUAAAUUAGGCCCUAAUUAUUCCAGAUCUUAUCAGGAUCAAAUAGAGGACAUGGUCAUCAGAAAUGUAUGCAGGAAAUUAUCAGAAAUAGAACUGCAAACUUAUAAUGGUCCUAUUCACUACGUGCAGCAUCAUGAGGUCCAUAAACCUGAUUCACUAUCAACACGUCUCAGAAUUGUUUUUAAUUCAUCAGCAUCAUAUAUGGGUCAUGUCUUGAACGACUACUGGUGUAAAGGUCCGAAUGUCUUGAAUGAUCAGUUGGCUGUUUUAUUUAGAUUUCGUCAAAGAGGGAUAGCAAUCGUCGAUGACAUCAGCAAAAUGUACCACACUAUCAAACUCAGUUCAUUAGAUCAACACACUCACAGGUUCGUCUGGAGAGAUAUGAGACUAAAAGAUGUACCCGACCAUUAUGCUCUUACAGGUGUAGCGUUCGGCGAUAAACCGAACAAGUGGAACUAUAGCAAUGUUGGGUUUGAAACAUACUGCUGAAAUUAAUGUAAACAAGUAUGCUAAAAUAGCGGAUAUGAUUAUCAAUAACACCUAUGUAGAUGACAUAUUAUAUUCCACAGACACGAAGGCUGAAGCUUAUGAUUUGAUAAAGAAUGCUGAGAAAGUGUUGUCAUCUGGAAACUUCAAGAUAAAGCGCUGGAUAGUUUCUGGUAUAAAUACUGCAUUUAGUAAUGUCAAUCUACAUUCCACUGAUAAAGAAAAAAAUCUAGGAUUGAUUUGGAAUCCAAAGGAAGAUGACUUCACAUACAAGGUUAGGGUGAUUUUUUCUGAAAAGCAGCGUAAAGUUCACAUAAGGCCUGACCUGACUAGAGAACACAUUGCAGCCAAGCUUCCAGAUGUACUAAGAGAAUAAUAUUGAGUCAGAUUGCUUCAGUUUAUGAUCCACUAGGACUAAUUACACCUUUCACAUUAAAAGCUAAAUUAUUGAUGAGGAAAUUGGUGACUCAAAGCGGUAAUUCUACUAGGUGACGAGGUGAAGUGCAGGGGAUGGGAUGACCCACUAUCAAAUGAUGAAAGAGAAACAUGGAAGUCCUUCUUCAUAGAGCUUUAUGAUUUAGAAACCAUUUUCUUUAAGAGAUGUCUAAGACCUGCAUCUGCUAUAGGAAAUCCAAUACUUGUAUUUUCUGAUGGUAGCACUCAAGCAUAUGGUACUUGUGCAUACAUUCGGUGGAAAUUGGGAUCUGGCAAUUAUGAGGCAAAUCUCAUUGCAGCUAAAGGUAGGAUAGCUCCUUCCAGGCAACUAACGGUUCCAAGACUGGAAUUAUGUGGAGCUGUUUUAGCAUGUAGACUAAGGGAGGUAAUUGUUAAAGAAUUAAACUGGACAUUUGAUUAUGUUGUUCACAUUGUAGACUCUGCUAUUGUGAGGGCACAAAUACAGAAAGAAUCAUAUGGAUUCAAUACCUUUGUUGCAAUAAGAAUUGCAGAGAUUCAGACAAAAUCAAGUACGAAUGAGUGGUGGUGGGUCAAAUCAAAGGAUAACCCUGCUGAUCUAACUACAAGGCCCUCUCCCCUACUUGCUUAGGAAAGGGUUCAGUAUGGCAAAAUGGUCCAGACUACUUAAGACAUGAAAUGAAAAGUUGGCCCAUCAGUAAAUCCCUCAGCGAAGACUCUUUGCCUGAUAGAGUGGGCGUGACUCUCUUGUGUAACUUAACAAAAAAAUCUCCAAAUCCGAACCUUGGUAUAAUGAACAUAGAAAAAUACAGUAGUUAUAACAAACUUAUUAGAGUAACCGCCAGAGUAUUCGCGGUGUUCAGAGAAAAAUCAUUCAAAGCCAUAUUUACCAAUCCAUCUGCUGAGAUGCUAAAUCUCGCUGAAACAUCAUGGGCUAAGGAAGUACAAAGGGAUAUUCCCUCUGACUGGAAUACCAGAUACCAAAGAUUAGGUCCUAGCAUAAAUGAUGAAGGUAUUAUUGUAGUUGGGGAGAGAAUAUCGAAAUGGCUCAAAGAUAACUGGAACUAUAAUAGCUUUACCCUUCUUAUUUGUAAGCAUCCAUUUUCCAAGUUAUAUAUUAAGCAUUUACAUAACAUUGAUCAUGCUGGAACUGAUGUGACUUUGGCCAAACUGCAAAGUAAAUACUGGAUUCCUGGUGUUCGUAGAGAAAUAAAAUCAAUGGCCAAACUGCAAAGUAAAUACUGGAUUCCUGGUGUUUGUAGAGAAAUAAAAUCAAUCAAAAAUAAAUGUGUGAAGUGCAGAAAGUGGAACAAGAUUUGUGAAGGUCAGAAAAUGGGUCAAUUGAUACCAGAAAGACUGAAGCCUUCUCCUCCAUUUUACCACACAUCCCUUGAUCUGUUUGGUCCCCUUUAUGUUAAAGACACAGUCAAGCGUACAACAAAGCGCAAAGUAUAUGGAGUAAUAUUCAACUGUCUUGUGUGCCGUGCAGUUCACGUUGACUUGACUGAAGGUUACAGUACCGAGGAUUUUCUAACCACUUUCAAAAGAUUUGUAGCUCUGAGGGGAUUUCCCAAAAUGAUACAUUCUGAUGGAGGAAGUCAACUGAUUGCAGCUAAUAAGGAACUUAGACAAAUGGUGAGCACUUGGAAUAUAUCAGAUAUUUUGCAGUUUGGAUCAAAUCAAGGUAUGACUUGGUCCUUUAACAAAGCUGCUAAUGCCCCUUGGCAAAAUGGAUGUAACGAGGUUCUAAUAAAGGUGAUAAAAAGAUCCAUCACGAUGGCGGUUGGAGACAGCACCCUAACGUUCGGAGAACUACAGACUAAGUUGUUUGAAGUAGCUAACCUUACCAAUGAGAGACCAAUUGGUAUUAAGCCCGGAACUGACUUGGACCUUGGAAGUUAUUUGUGUCCCAAUGAUCUUAUUCUUGGAAGGACAAGCAUUAAAGUUCCCAGUGGAACGUGAACUAAUACUAUUGACCCAAAACCUAGAUUAAAGUUUAUCCAGAAUAUUGUGUCAAACUUUUGGAGGAGGUGGCAACGUGAUUACUUUCCUACUCUCGUAGUCAGACAGAAAUGGCACGUAUCUAAAAGAAAUGUUGUACCUGGAGAUAUUGUUCUGUUACAAGAUAGUAAUGCAGUAGUGGGAAAAUGGAAACUGGCUCAAAUAGCAGAGUCAACUCCGAGUCAGGAUGGUAAAGUAAGGAACGUGACUGUAAGAUACAAAAAUCCUAAACCUGGCAUGAAAUAUGAUGGUGAACCUGAUAUGAUGGUAAAGAAGUCCGUUCAUAAAUUAGUAGUUCUACUUCCUGUUGAGGAACAAUGUACAUAAGCAUUUCUUUGCUUGUGGGGUGGAGUGUAUCAUCAAUCUGAUGAUAAUUUUAAUAUAAAUUUAUUUGUUUAUUUAUAAAUUAGUUCGUGUAUCAGUGUAUUUAUGUAGACGAGGAUUAAGCUCUGUACAAGGUGCGCAAGCCGCACGUCUUUGUGACGUGGCAAUGGGGAGGUGAGGUGAGGUGGCAGCAGGGUUAUGAGGUGGCGACGAACGGUCAGCCAGGGUUAGUUGCUGUCCGCCCCUACCUGAAGUGUGUUGUGAUGGAUCACUGGAUGUAACAUAUAUUCAAGACUUGGGAUUAUUCUAUUAUGCUGUUUAUGAAUCCAACUACUCGUUCGGAAAGUUCAUGGAGGCAAUCCAUAUGCGGCUGGAGCUACCGUUUGCAGAUGACACAGCAUUGUCAAAUCCAGAGUUUCCUGUGGACCCAGCAACACCAGCAGAAGAAGGUUGGGUGGCUCCAACACCACUGCUGGUGGAAGGCUGUGGUCCUUCUAGAGGCCCUGACACUUCUGUGAAAAAAAAAAGUAAUUUCGUUACUGCAGAUAGAGAAUAAGCUAGGCCCUGACACUUCUGUAAAAAAAAAAAGUGCUUUCGUUACUGCAGAUAGAAAAUGAGCUGGUAUUCUUUUGAGUGAUGCUUUUAUUGACUAAUUUUUCUUUUUAAUCAGCAGUCAACCUAAUUAUGUCCAUGUCUAUCACAUGGUUUUGCUCAGUUGGUGUGAAAGUGUGCAUAUACCUACGUUCAGGAAGAUGAAUAUUGGACAUGAUGCAACUAGCCUCGAGGAAGAUGAUGCUGUAACAUUGUUAUAUUACAGUACUGCACUUUAAAUAAAAAAAUGGCAUUAAUUUACAAAAUGUAAUUUGACCUU